ACAUAAUAAGACAGGCCGUAUAAUGCAGUGACUAAUUUAUGAAGCGCAUGAGCACUCGACCCAAAUCCCCAAUUGUGUCCUCAUCUUCAACUCGCACUCGUAUUCCGGAACCCUGUGCCGACUCCGCGUAAUUCACAAUACUUGUAGCCUACUUAAGAACAUCAGCCCUGGUGUUUAUGCAUUACGCGCAGCGGCUACCGCUCGUCUCGACCGCAAUUAUCCACCACGACCGGACCGCCACUUGCGCGCUGCAGCAAAUAAGCACUGCACGCCGAGUACCUCCGUUGAGCUCGUUAUCCCCUAGGGUCCCCAUCGCGCUUGGUUUCGGCCGAUGAAGGUCAAGGCUCGGCAUGGCAUCGCCCACAAGCCUCACAUCCUCAGCCCUCAAGAGCCUGCCGACGCGCAACAAGGCGACAACGCUCCAACACAGCCCCCACCCGCUAGCUCCUCUAGAAGUCAUCUAGCAGCAGCUGGGCCCUUUGCUGCACGCGCUUCCUCCUCGUCUUCCUCGUUGCCUAGUCGGCCCGCCUCCUCCACAGCUGCUGCUGCUGCUGCUGCUACAGCGCCCGGACCCCAGAACCGCCCAGCAGCACCUGCAGCCACCUCCUCUUCCCUCUCCUCCUCCAAGCCCAGCGUCCCCAUCGGUACCACCAACGCCGCAACCGCCAGCAGCAGCGGCGGCGGUGCCCAGCCCAAUCCUCCCGCCCGCUUCCUCACGCAGCAGCAGCUCCGGAGGCAGCGCCAGCAACAGCGUACGGCAGCGCCUGCCGUACGGCCCCGAGGCGCCGCCGCCGCUAACAACACUCGGGCAGCCGCCGCGGCCCGUGCGUCCGUCCGCCAGGGCCGUGCUGGCGGCGGCAGCGGCAACAGCGUCAGCGACAGCUGGGCUGCCGUCACCGCUGCGGCAGUGGCGGCGCUGGCGGCGCCAGCCGGUCCCGCUGCCGCUGGCGCUGCGGCGUCGGCGGACGCCGCUGCUCCGCUAGAUGCGGCAGUGGCGGCGGUGGAAUUGGCGCUAGCGGAGGGCGAGGCGGGUCGGGCGCGGUUGGCUGCGCUGUCACUAGAGCAACCGGAGCUCUACUCCCGGGUCAUUCUGGCGCUGUUCCGGAAGACGCAGAGUCUGGAGAUGAUCGCCCGGAUGCCCAUGCCACUGCCGCCGGAACCCGACUUCCAGCUGGAACCACCGGUGCCGGACGCGGAGGGGUUCGAUUUUGAUCUGGGUUGGGAGGAUGAGGAGGAGUACGACGAUCUGGGUUACGAGGAUUACGGCGAAUUUGGGUAUGACUAUGAUGACGAUGAUGAUGACUAUGAGGAUGAGGAGGAGGGGCGUUACGGCGGUGGUGGCGGCGGGGGUUUUCUUGGUGGCGUUGGUGGGGGUGGCGCGGGUAGCGGGCGGUUGGGGGUUGCCAAUGCUGCUUCAGCCGCCGCUGGGGGUGAUGACCCAGAUGGCGGGCAGUACGACGAAAUGCCGUUGUUUGAUGAUGUUGACGGAGGUUUGCUGCCGUUCCCUGAUGAUGUGCCGUACCCGGAUUUCGAUUUCGGCCCGGAUUUUGAUUACGGUUAUGAUUAUGAGUUCGAGGAAGGCUAUGAGAAGGAGGGGGAUUUGCAUGGCGACGAGGAGGAGGAGGAGAGCGAGGAGGAGGAGAGUGAGUAUGAGGAAAUUGGGCCGGAAGAGUACGCUCGCUUGCUGCUUGCCGGCAGUUGCGGCGGAGGUAGCGGUGAGGGAGACGGGGGCGGCGACGAGGGUGCGGAUGCUAGGGCGGGCAGCCCUCAGCAGCAGCAACAGCAGCAGCCGACGGAGGCUGUGGCGGCGGCAACGGCAGGAGCGGCGGUGGUGGCGACGGCGGCGGCGGCAGAUUCGAUAGCGGAGGCGGACCUAAAGCUUUCAGCACCAGCAGCAGCAGCGAGUGUUGUUGGUGGUAGUGGGGAAGUUGUGGAUGAAGCGCUAUUGGAGGGCUUGGUGGGCUUCCGGAUCAGUCACGUUGUGGUGGCGUAGUGCCCCCUUAACUGUCUGUCACAAUGAGCUUUAGGUCAGCAGCUUUGGCCAGAGAGAAUGUUGAGAACAUGAGAGGAUGUGGGCGCAAGAUGCUUCAAAGCAAAACCAGUCCGUAGGAAUGGAGACUACAAGUAAGUGAUGGUUGCUGGAUGGGGAUUAGGUUCUGCAGCACAAGUCAAAGGUGCGGGGUAGGAUUUACCGGGAUAGGACUGGUAGGGGCACGGACGGCGGGGGCAGGAGGGCGGCGGUUAACGGCUUAAGUUGCCGUUGUACGGUAUGGAUGCACGCAUGGAGAGGGGAAGGAAAGAUUCACACAAGCACGGGUAAUGGAUUAGGACAGUGGCAGGUGGUAGCAGAACAAGAGCCAAUGGGCAGCCGGUGGCCGUUUGGCCUUCAUGGCUAAUGUCCGUAUCAGAUGCACUCUUUUGGGUAGCUGACCGAGGCAGCGGCAGCGGCAGGAGCGGUGACGGAGGCGAUGGGGACGCAGUGGAGGCAGACAUAGCAGAGACAAGGACGCUGGCUAUGACUUCUGAGGGUAGGGAGACCCUUCCCUUGAAUCCGCGGUGGAACUAGCGUAGGUAGAACUGAUACGCGGUCGAGCCGCAAACAGUAAGGAAAGGAUGACCAUUAUAAACCAGAGCUUCUUUGAUGUCAUGUGCAGGCUUU